CAGUAUAACCACACACGAAAGGACUUUCUGACGGUCAAUUUCGGAGGAUUUGGGUUUCUCUCAGAAGACGCUUGGUGAUAUUUUCUUCCUGUUCCCCCUCGAAGAAGUGUUGUUUUGGACUCCACCGAUUCGCUUCAAUAAAGUGGGUUUACCCCACGUUUGAAUUAACAAACGAUACUCUUAUCGAAAGUCACUUUAGGAACCUUGCAUACGCCCUGUUGGAUUACUUCUAUUUCAGAGGGACAACAAUUUAAACAGUAAAGAUGUACCGGAACUUUGGAAACCAAGGAAGAGGCAACCCGACGUACAACAGCGAGUCUGGGUCACCCCUCACUGGGUCAAACUCUGUAUGCUUAGGUAGUACUAGUACCUCAACUAUACAACAGGAACAGAAAUUUACCAUGGCUGGUAGUGGUCAGUUUGUACCGAGUCUGAAUGCUAUUACCACCAACCAAGACCUCCAGUGGUUGGUGCAACCUUCCCUCAUGCCUCCGCCGGGCCCCUCACAAUCUCCACGGCCUCCUUACCCAGUUCUCUCAGGGAUCCGGCCCAUGACUCACUCACCCUCCCAACCACAUCUCCUCCGACCAGGGGUCAUAAGAGCAGCUGCAAACUCUGUGGGCUCAACCAGACGCAGAAAUGAUGAGCAUGUAAGGAAAAGAAACUUCACCAGGUUAUCCCCAGAAGAAGUAGAGAGGCGCAGAGUACGGAGAGAGAGAAAUAAAUUGGCGGCUGCAAAAUGUCGUAAUCGCCGUCGUGAGCUGACAGACACGCUGCAAAGUGAGACUGACCAGUUGGAGGACGAAAAGUCCCGCCUACAGAAGGAAAUAGCUGAGCUGCAGAAGGAGAGGGACAAACUUGAACUGGUCUUGGAGGCACACCGUCCCAUUUGUAAAAUCGAGGACUCGGAUUCUGAUUCUGACCCGAAACCGGCGCUAUCCUCUUCGGGGGGUAUCAAAAUGGAACCCGGGGGCUCUGCCUUACCUGGGCCCUCGAGGAAAACCCAAACAAAGCUGGAGAGGCCAAAACCAAAGAUUACCAUCCCUACCAGGCCUACAGCCUCGUUUGCUGCGUCUGAAUCAGAAUCCCUCCACACUCCAGUCCUCACGUCUACUCCGUCACUCACCCCAUUCGCAGCUGGUUUGGUGUUCACCUAUCCCUCUUCCGUUUUAGAUACCAGCGUUGCUGCGCAGUCCCAAGGACCCUCCACAUCGUCUUCGCAACCGAGUCAUGCCCAACAUUCUUGUAAACCCCAACCAUGUGGCGUAGCCCAUCGCCGGAGCAGCAGUAGUGGUGACCAGUCAGAUCACUCUCUGCACUCUCCUCCCAUCCUCACACUUUGAUUGACAGCCCUUCCAUUUUGGCACGACACUAAUACUCUAAAGACAGACACACUAGCUGAAAAGCCUCCCUCAUUUCGACUGUGUAGUCCGGGUUAUUAUUACUCUUUCUUUCCUAUUAUUUUAUAUGUAGUCUGUAUUAGUACUUUUAAAUGCUAUGAGGAUUUAUAGAAAUGAAAAAUAUAUACAUUUAUUUCUUAAAGUGCUGCAUGAUGACCAUGUUUUCUAAAAUAAAAUCGUAUUUUAGGAUGUAAUGCUUAAUGACUCAUCCUAAUAAUGCGUAAACCAUAUCAAAUUGUUACGGUGUUAUGUAACAUAACUUAUAAAACAAAAUAAUACUUAAAAAGCAAAAAGAGUUCUCAUUUUUGAAUUAAUCUGUUCAGUAGCUUAACAUUAGUUAAGCAUAUUGAAAACCGCGAAGGCUGGACCAUAACAGUAGAGAUUAUAGCUAUACUAUAUAUUUAUUUUUGAGAAUGUUAUAUAUAUAUUUUUUUAUAAUACUGUUAUACUUUUGACUAAUGAAUGCUUUUGGUGGGCAGUGCCUUACUUUUGUUUUUCACCCAAACUGUAGUAUUUCAAAGAUAAUUAAAAAAAAAGGGUUGUGAACUGUGUGCAAUUUGUGACUACCGCAUUG